ACUUCCAUCUGACCUGGUCAGGUUGUAUACCAAUCUAUGGAAUGUUUCGUAUUGAAAAGAGUUUUUCCCUAACAUUAGUGUAUUUAUACCUUUACCUGCAUUUUCUUUACGCGUGUUGAGUCACUAAAGCAGAAAGAUCUGAACAAACAAUUGAUCCAUGAGGUAAAAAGAUUGUGAACAUGGCUACAGCAUCAUCAACAGACAACCGAGUUUAUCUUUACCGUUUAUUAGCGCUUACCAUAGAUCACGGCACAACAGUGGUUAGGAAUAUUAUUGAUGAUAAAUGCUCAGAUAUUCCACUAACAACAUUUCUGGCUAGAGAGAGAAGAACUAUAAAUACCCUCAGAGCAAAACAAGUAAUAUCAAAGGUCCAGUUUGAUUUGUUGUAUCCACAAAGUGGCAGCCCUACAACAUCGGAUUUCGAUAUAACUCUUGUUAUAUACCUGCUGCUGAACCUAAAACAUUUUGGAUUAAAUCCCAAGUAUACCUGGAAUGUUGCUCUUCGGCCAGGAGAUACUUCACUUGAAGCGGAUAUAUGUCGCUUGCAAAUGUAUCGCAAUGAACUGGUAAGAGUAUCCUCGACAACAGCAAUCCGGGAAGCAGAAUUUUUAGCGAAAUGGGCUGAUAUUGAAGGGGUAUGUUCUUCAUAUGUAAAAAAAAUAUACUACUAGAUAAUUUAAACCUUCAUACUCUAUGACUUUCACCAAACGACACAUUUAAUAUUGAACCGUUCAGUAAAGAUAAUUUUAAUUGCGGCACCAGAUUCGUGACAACCAAAUACGUUACCAAUACUUUUGAUUUGGAAAGUAUACCGCCAUUUGUGAACACAUGAAAUUAUGUGACGUUAUAAAUGAAGACACGCAAUAACAAUUGUAGAGACGUUUGGGUGUAUAUAGAAGAAAAUUACAUCUGUUUUUCUUAGUUGCAAUUAUGAAUUGUGUUUAAAAAAGAAUGCCAAAUCCAAGUAACAAGUACUGAUUUUAUAACCAGUUUAUGAGAAUUUAUCAGUUUUUGAAGUUAAGUAAACAGUGUAAGAUUCAUGAAUUCAUUACUAAUUAGAAUUGUAAUAUAUCUGACAUCUCAAAACAACGUAUUAUAAUUACUUUUAGGAAUUUCCAAGAUAAGCCAAGGGGGGAAAUAUUAACCAAAUCUAGAAUGCAAAUAAUGACUGAGCUGGUUUGCCUUGGCUAAAUUCAUUUACAUGUAUUUACAUUUGCUUUACAUUUUUUAAGAGAGAAAAACAAAACUAUUUAAAGCAAUUUAUUUUUAAUUCAAAUUAGCUUGAACAAACAAAAUUCAUCUGUUUCUUACGAGUUAUUAAGUAUAUCCUUUAAACUUAAUUGCUGUUGCCAAAUAUAAGUUGAAUGAAAGGAGGUUUAUUUUAUUGGCGCAGGUAGAACCUAUUAUGAAUAGAAGGCAGCAAGAUCAGCAACAGAGAGAUAGCAAUAUUAUGCACAUGUGCAUACACAAUGUGAAUUAAAUUUUUACAAGUAUACGUAAUAUUCAGCGUAUGCCAAAUACUUUCAGGUAACCUUAACCUGGUCAGAACUUUAACGCUUACACAAAACUUAUUUGUGAAUAUUUUUUCUUGUCUGAUUUUUGUCGAUUGAGAUGUUCUUUGAACCUACACGUAUGCGGAUC